AUGCCGGAAGGAAGCCCUCAGUGGCCGCGCUAUGUCUUUUCCGCGCGUAGCUGUGGCUACAUGUACGACCCGCCGAAUGAUUCGAAACUCGCUUUCGUCACCCCAGACAACUACUGCCACCUAUGCCACGAGCCUGUAGAGGUGGCGAUUCGGCAUUGCGCCUGGUGGGACCACGUGACGCGACAGGCGGCCGUUCGCCUCAUUGCAAUUCAGCCUCGCCGCUGGGAUGCUACCGCGGUGCUGCAGCAGGCGCAAAAUGACUUGCCCGCCUCUGUGAUGGAAACACCGCGGCCUCACCCAUUUCUUGCCCACUCUCCUAUUUCUGUUGAUGCUGAUGAUCCUGCCUUGGUGGAUAUGAGCACCUGUUACGUCUUUGAGAGGGAGGCGGUAGUGCGGCGAGCCGAGCUGGCGGCAAUCCUGCGUGUCUUGUGCACGACCCAGACCGCCACCAUCGAGAGUUGCAAUAGUGCCUCAGAUAAAGGCUCCGAUGGGGUAUCCAGCAGACCUUUGCUCUUCCACUCUCUGUUUCCUUCACCCGGUGGUAGCCCUGCGGCGAAUGUCGGGGAGAGGACGUUCCGUGCGUACAUCAGCCGGCAGAUUAGUGUGCUCCUGCCACCAAUGGCACCAGAGCCCACGACACGAAUACAGCAGCGUUGUUGGGGACGCAAGAACCUGGAGAUGAUGUUUGACCUAUUAGGUGUAGCGUCUUUGCAGAAACUUGUGGGCGUGCCCACUGUGGCAGCGACAAAGAAUGAAAAGGCGACCGUUAUUCGACAGGUUGUGUACGAACUAGCCACUGUGCUGUCCGAGAAGCAUGUAGUCGCAUCGUCUAAUGCAUCGUGCACUGGCUCAGACCUCGAUGCGGUGGAUACUGCGGAGCAGACGCGUUUGCUUGUGGAGCUGGCGCUGCAGCGCCUGGCGCAUGAGCUGAUUCACCUCCACACCAUGCUGCUGAUGGAGCAGGCGUGGGGGACGUACGCGGCGUUGGGCUUCCCCACUGAGUCAGUGGUGGAGGCGAGCAGUUUCUGCUGA